AUGGCCAGCUCAAUUUCAGUCGCAGUACGGGUAAGACCUUUGACUGAGAAGGAGAAGAAUCUGUUGAUCCCCACCCAGUCGUCAUCCUCUGGAAUUUUCAGCGAUGGCUGCCUCACAUCGGUCCCCAACAACCACCAGUCGAGCUCGAUAUCGGGUCACAAAUCGCUGCGGUCGAUUGUCAAGGUGCUCGACGAGCGCGUGUUGAUCUUCGACCCGGCCGAGUCCAGCCCGAUCCAACAGGCUCAGCGACAGAUCCUUGCCGGUUUCUCAUCCUCCGCCAAACCCUCGUCCUCCUCGUCGCAUGCUCAGAACCCUCAUUCGAAGAAAGUUAAGGAUAUGAGGUUUUGCUUCGACCGGGUCUUCGACGAGAAUGCCUCACAGGAAGACGUCUAUCACGGCUCUGCCAAGGACCUCAUCGACGGCGUACUCGGCGGCUUCAAUGCCACCGUCUUCGCAUACGGGGCUACCGGCUGCGGUAAAACCCACACCAUCACCGGCACUCCCGAAUCACCUGGGAUAGUCUAUCUGUUGAUGAAAGACUUGUUUGGUCGGAUAGCUGAUCAGGAAGACGAAACCACUACGGAAAUCUCAAUUUCUUACCUAGAAAUCUAUAACGAAACCAUCCGAGACCUGCUCAAUCCCAACGCGCCAAUCCUGAACCUACGCGAGGCUAACUCAUCAGUUUCUGUACCGGGCCUUUCGACUCUAACGCCAACAAGCGCCUCGGACGUGAUCACCGUGAUCUCCUCGGGCAAUUCGCACCGGACGGUGCAUGGGACAGAAGCAAAUGCGGUAUCGUCUCGCUCGCAUGCGGUAAUGAGUGUCAACAUCCGACGGAAACCUAAGACUGCAGGCCUGAUAGACGACUGGACAGUGGCCACGCUCAGCGUGAUUGAUCUGGCGGGAUCAGAACGCGCUUCGGUCACAAAAAACAAGGGUGAACGAUUGUUGGAGGGUGCAAACAUCAACAAAUCUUUACUUGCCCUUGGAAAUUGUAUCAAUGCUCUUUGUGAUCCCAAGAGUCGGGGCAGUCAUGUGCCCUAUCGAAACUCCAAACUGACCCGGCUGCUCAAGCACUCGCUCGGAGGAAACUGUCGAACGUUGAUGAUCGUGUGCGUUGCUCCCACUUCGGCCCAUUACGAUGAGACCCACAACACCCUACAGUACGCCAACCGCGCCAAGGAAAUCAAGACCAAGGCAACUCGCAACAUCAUCUCCGUCGAUCGCCACGUCAGUCAGUAUGUUCAAGUGAUCUUCCAGCUGCGGCAAGAGCUUGAAGAACGCAAGAAGAGCGAGGCUAUCAAAGAGGAUCAACUGCUGAAGGAGAUCAGACGCCAACGCAGCGAACUGGACUCGGCGCUCUCGAAUGCGAAGGAGUUUUGGAAGGAUUAUAUGCUGAAGGCCAAACUGGCAAGCCAUGCGACCGGUCAACUCCAAGCCCUCGAGUUCGUCCGCUCAAUUUUGUGUGUCUGGAGCAAGCAGAUCAACUCGGAUCCGGAUACAUCUGAGGAGAUCAAACAGUGGCUCGGCGACGAGCUCCGUCCCCUACUAACGAAGAUCACCAACGAAUCUCAAGCCGUGCGUGAAGUGAUCAACGACGGAGUGGCUGCCAAGUCGACGUACGACGGUGAUGUGACCUUCUUGGGCCGGUCCGUCGAGAGAAACUUGGGCUCGGAUUAUAAAACCGCAUUCGAUACCGAACUGACUGGGUGGACAAACAUCGUCGGAGUAGUCAUCUCUGACAGCUUCCGUAGCGAAGGAAGAGCUAAAACUUUGGCUAACCUGGUCGGCGAGAUUGCCUCCUGGCUGAUCGGAAUCACCGCUCAAUUCUUCCUGAAACACACUCCUGAGCAAUCUCAAAGACAGUUCACUGAUGCCACCAAAGCAGCAUUCCAAUCCUUUUGUUCAUCCAACGCGACUGGAUUUCCAUCUAACAUCCCCUCGGCUCCCUUCAACCCCUCGAACCGUUCGCCCCCCUCAUUCGCUGAGACGAGUAGCUCAAUAGCCAAACCAACCAAGGGCCGACGCGCAUCCUCGGCCAAUUCGCCGACCAAGUCAGCCAGUGCGUAUUUCGCGAAACGGAUCUCGCCCCGGAAGCAUUCUAUCUUUGCAGCUCGAACCCAGCCAUCCAACCCGGGCAUCCUUAAGCGGUCCACCGCAAUCCCUGUCAAAUCAAAUGCGCAGUCCACCGACUCUCACACAAGAUCUAUGACUAUGCGCUCGACGAGCCAACCCGGGACUGGUGCUGCGAGCAAGACGGGCGGAGUUCGGUGGAGGGACGUGGAGAGUGAUGGGGAGGAACGGCUGGAGUCGUUCGAUCGGACGGGCUCGUCGAAUGGGACGGGGGUGGGAGGGACGGAUGAGUCGAUGUUUUCGGCGGACCAGUCCUCGAUCCGCCUCGAUCUACCGUCGCACUCGAGUGAGAAAAUCCUAUCGAAUGCGAUCGUUGAGGGCAGACCGUCGCCCAGUGCUCCGGAGAAAUCGACAGCCGAAGCCCGCCCGAGCGAGUCCUCGACGGUCAGCAGCGGCCGGGGCAACCGGAUGAAGGCCGGUUAUCUCUCGCGCAACAAGGCCAGCACUGGCAGUGGGCGCUCAAUCAUGGUGAGCACGCUGGACAGUCUGGGGGAGGAAGAAGAGGGGGAGGAGGGCGAUGUGACAUUGAAAGCCGACGAAGGUAACCACAAGCUGGCCGCGGGGCAGCGCAUCCAAAAGCCGUCGUCCAUCCGCUUCAGCGGCUUCACUCCAGCACUUUCGAACCUAAGCAACAACUAUUCAGUGGCCGAAAGCGGGCCAAGGACGCGCCGGAUGAGCACCCUGUCGAACCAGAACAGCAGCAGCACUCAGCCCCUGCCGGGCGACCUGGAGCCAGUGCAGAGGGAGCCGGCGUUGGGCGCAAACCGCCAUUCGAAGACAACCGCAUCGGCCAAGCGUCAGUCUAUGAGCCGCUACCAGCGCCAGUCGACCGGGGGUGCCUCUGGGGAAGGACUAGGCCGGAUGCGGCUGGGCGGCGAGGCGGCAGGCCCGACGCCGGGCAGCACCAAGGGCGAGUUCUCGCGCCGGGCCAGCCGGGUCCCGCUCAUCAACUCCGCCCUGCUCUCCCACUCGCUCUCCGGCUCCGGCGGGCCCACCAGCCUCUCCCGCUCGCCCCGCAAAGCCCCCGCCCGUGUGCUCAGCGGCUCCGCCUCCUCAUCGGGGCCUGCGGCCAACAACACCCGCUCGAGACUCGUCGCCCGCCGCUCCAUGGCCGCUGGGCCCUCCAGACACCUCGACGCCGCCCUCAACCCGCCCGCCCGCCCCCGCAGAAUCUCUCUCCUGCCUACCCCGAUCAAUAACCCUAACUUCUCGUUCUCCGGCGGCACUAGUAGCCCCUUCGGAAACCCGGCUGUCGACAGCUUUUCUUCCUCCUCCGCGUCUGCUGCUGCGGCCUCUAAUCACUCCUCGAAUCACGUCUGGCGAUAG